UUCCUGGUUUCACUGCGCAGGAGUGUUUGGUACAUUAUAGAAUUGUUCUAGCUUGAAGAUUCACAAACUACAUAUUAAUCUUUCCCUUUGAAACAUAUUAGAACGCUUUCAAAAUCGAAACUGUAACGUUUUCUUGAUAUUUUGUUUCUAGUCAAAUCACCGGGUCAUCUUAACCAAGAACUGAAUUUUACCUUCACAGUAAAUUGCCUUUUACAACAGACAUUCGUUGGUUAGUGAGAUAUUAGGCAUAGUACUUGCUAUUCGAGGCACGUGAUAGAUUUCUUCAGCUGCUGGAGUUUGUUCGAAGUUCUGCAGGUGGUUUAUGACGUCACAUAAACAACAACAACGGCAGAUGUUAGGAAGAAGCUGUAGACUAUUUUGUUACUGGGUUGACAACAGAUUCAUCUACGCAGUAUGGCUAUAACCAUAGUAUGAGGGUUCCCUGCCCAGAUCUGUAGUAUUCUUAGUUAUUUUCUUAAUUAUAAAUACGCAAAACGUUUCAUUGAGUUCAUCGAAUUCUUCAAACAGCCAUUUUUGUCACGUCGUGUACUUAAAGCCAAUAUUUAGAAGCUAUAGAGAAAUAGGUAAUGCAAAGAAAAAUAUUCAUAGUUUGUAAGGAGUACAGAGAUCAAGGCUGUUAAAGUCUCAACGUAUUUGACGGUAUUUACCUAGGAUAAGUAUAUAUUUUUGUAGCAUACAUCCUUCAGAUUUCUUUACACCAUGGCUACUUUUAGCAGUAGUCGAAGAAGAAAUCUAAUGAGGAAGUUUUUCCUAACAUGUGUAAUAACUCUGUUUUGGGAGUCGACUGGUGCUUUAGAAGAAACUGUCUCUACAAAGGAAAAACAAGGUCUGAAAACUGCCACUAGCAUCCAAGAACCAAGUGAAAAGCUGUUGUCAAAACCAACUGAAUCUAGGCUUACAAAUUUCUCUAUAACGCCGUCUCAUGACCAGAACACUAACCAAAUAGGAGCACUUUUAGAAAAGUUUAAAAACAAUUUCACUGUGCAACCGAUAUAUGAAGACAAGGUUUCUGGUGAAGAAGACUACCAUACUCCUACUUCUAACUUUGACAAUGAAAAUGUAGAUUUGCUGGAAAUUUCUACUGUCAGUAACAUUUCCCUAGUGAAUAAAAUCAGUGAGUUGAGCAAAACAUAUCCUGGUAUUGUUGACACAUCAUCAGCGGGUGUGGACACGGUGUUAUUUGUUGAGAAGACGAGAACUCCCCAGCAAAAUGACUUUGAAAGCUACUGGAUUUUAUCGUGGAUGAACGAUUCCUAUGUCAUGAGUAUUGUUACUCCCGUAGCAUCAGGUAUUGCUGGAGGUUUAGUGGUUCUGGUCGUCUUACUUGUGUGCAGAUUCAUCUACCGAUUUUAUCGUUCUCGUGAGAACAGACUUAGAAAGAAAACCUUAAAGGUAUGUAUGUUUCAGUCCUCCAAUCAUGUGAGAAAUCCUGAAUUGGUGAAACUAAAUCUUUAG